CCUGGACACUGAGCUCAGGGCAGUUGACCAAUAUAAGAAAACACACACAUACGUGUCCCUCCCACAGGGCACUGAGAGUUUUGCUCUGCACUGAAGUCAGCCAGUGUUCAGUCAGAGUUUGGUCAUGUCUGGACUGUUGGGUGUUCGCCUGCUGCUGCUGUGGGGCUGCGCCUGCCUCUGGCUGAGCAGCUCAGCCUCGGGAGCUCUGGUCAUCUCCAGGCACAAUGAAGCCAUACAGGAAAGAAGAGGCGCUGCCAGAUCACUGCAGAAAAGAAGUACAAAUGAAGCAAUGGUGGAGGUGUACAGUGUGACAGUGGACUGCACUGUGACCUCUCGUUUUGCCCACACUGUCAUGACCUCCAAGGCGUUCAACAAAGCAAACUCGUCACAGGAAAUCUUUUUUGAAGUGGAGCUGCCCAAAACUGCUUUCAUCACAAACUUCAGCAUGGAAAUCGAGGGUCAGGUGUAUGUGGGAGAGGUGAAGGAGAAAGAGAAAGCUAAGAAACAGUACGAGAAGGCUGUUUCCUCUGGACAGACUGCUGGACUCGUCAAGGCUUCUGGAAGAAAGAUGGAGAAGUUUUCAGUCUCUGUCAAUAUUGCAGCUGAAAGCAACGUGACCUUUGUCCUGACAUAUGAGGAGCUCCUUCAGAGGAAACUGGGCCGAUAUGAGCUUUUGACCAGAGUCAAACCCAAAACACUGGUUCAGGACUUUCAGAUUGUGACAAACAUCUAUGAGCCUCAGGGCAUUUCUUAUGUUGACGCCCAUGCAACCUUCCUCUCGAAUGAGCUGCUCCCUCUGGUGGAGAAAACUGUCACAGACAGAAAGGCGCAUAUCUCCUUCUCACCAACCAUGGAGCAGCAGAGGAAGUGUCCAGGUUGUGAUGGAACACUUAUUGAUGGAGAUUUUAUUGUCAGCUAUGAUGUGAAGCGAGAGAAGAACCUUGGGGACAUACAGAUUGUAAAUGGAUACUUUGUGCACUUCUUUGCUCCUGAAUUACCCAAACUCCCAAAGAAUGUGGUCUUUGUGAUUGAUAUAAGUGGAUCAAUGAGUGGAAGAAAGAUUGUGCAGACAAGAGAAGCUAUGCUGGCCAUUCUUCAACAAGUCCAUGAAGACGACCACUUUGCCAUCAUCCUGUUUGAUUCUGUUAUUGAAACCUGGAAGGAUUCACUUACCAAAGCAACAAAGGAAAACAUAACUGAAGCCAUGGAUUACAUCAGAAGAAUAAAUAGCAGAGGAAUGACCAAUGUUAAUGAUGCAGUGUUGAAAGCUGUAAACAUGCUGGUCAAAGACAGACAGAUGGAGAGGCUACCAGAGAGAAGUGCAGAUAUGAUUAUAUUACUGACUGAUGGAAUGCCAAAUGAGGGAGAGAGCAACAUUGGUAAGAUCCAGGAGAAUGUGCGUACAGCUAUUGGGGGAAACAUGUCUCUGUACUGUCUUGGAUUUGGAAAUGAUGUGGAUUAUUCCUUCCUGGAUGUGAUGAGCAGACAAAACAAAGGCCUGGCUCGCAGAAUCUUUGAAGCUUCAGAUGCUGUUGUUCAGCUCCAGGGUUUCUACGACGAAGUGGCCAGCCCUCUACUUUUAGAGGUGGACAUGCACUAUCCUGACAAUGCAGUGGAUUCUCUGACCACCAGCCACUUUAGCCAGUUGUUUAAUGGCACAGAGAUUGUUGUGGCUGGUCAUUUAAUGGACAAUGACCUUGACAACUUCCUGGUGGAAGUGGUUGGACAGGGGCUCGAAGAAGACUUCAGAGUCCAGGGUCAGGUCAGUGCCGCAGACUGGGAUGUUUUUUACCCAGACGAGGAGUACAUCUUUGGAGAUUUUACCGAGCGGUUGUGGGCCUACCUCACUAUCCAGCAGUUACUGGAGAAGAGCAAGAGCGGUACACCAGAUGAGAAAGCCAACACAACAGCCAAGGCCCUGGAUAUGUCCCUGCAGUACAGCUUUGUCACCCCUCUCACAUCCAUGGUUGUUACCAAGCCCGAAACCGAAGACUCAACAAGCAGCCCUCUUAUUGCUGACAAGCUGACUGAAGAGCAAAGACAGCAGGCUGAAAAAAUGACAUAUAAUUAUAUACCCGCGCAGUCGUAUCCACGGCAUUACCAGCCAGCACCCACAUAUUUUGAGCAAGAAUGGCAGGAUGAAGAAAUGGAUUAUGAUUAUAUACCCAAGGGGUAUAUACACAAGGGGUCGUAUCCAUGGUCAAGAUCGAUAAAUUUUACUAUGGGAAACGCUGUUGCAUUCUCAGACAUGCCUGUGGUGUGGAGAGUCCUGCUACUGUCUGCUUGUGUCUACAUCAGUCUUCUAGCUCAGACCUAUGGAGCUCUGGUUAUUUCCAGGAGAGAUGCUCCAACACAGGAAACCAAAGAAACCGUGGGCAUCAGGUCGAUGAAGAAAAGAAGUUCAAGCUCUGCAAAUGUGGAGGUGCAAAGCAUUCGAAUCACCUGCACCGUGUCGUCUCGUUUUGCACACACGGUCAUGUCUUCCAAGGCGCUAAACAAAGAGAACUCAUCCCAGGAAAUCUUUUUUGAAGUAGAGUUGCCCAAGAUGGCCUUCAUCGCCAACUUUAGCAUGGAAAUUGAUGGUCAGGUGUAUGUUGGAGAGGUGAAGGAGAAAGAGAGCGCCAAGGAGCAGUAUGAGAAGGCUGUUUCCUCUGGGAAGACUGCUGGACUUGUCAAGGCUUCUGGAAGAAAGAUGGAAAAGUUUUCUGUAUCUGUAAACAUUGCUGCCCAGAGCAGUGUGUCUUUCAUUCUGAUCUACGAGGAGCUCCUUCAGAGAACACUGGGCAGUUAUGAGAUCUUGAUCCGAGUCAAAGUAGAACAACCAGCGCAGGAGUUUCAGAUUGAGGCAGAUAUCUAUGAGCCUCAAGGCAUUGCUUUUGUUGAGGCGUCUGCAACGUUCCUCACCAAUGAGCUGAUCCCUCUGGUAGAGAAAACUGUCACAGACACAAAGGCACACAUCUCAUUCUCACCAACAGUGGAGCAACAGAAAUGUCCAGGUUGUAAAGGCUCAUUAAUUAAUGGAGAUUUCAUCAUCAAGUAUGAUGUGAAACGAGCAACAAGCCUGGGGGAAGUUCAGGCAGUAAAUGGAUACUUUGUGCACUUCUUUUCUCCCCCUGACCUGGCCAGAGUCCCAAAGAAUGUGGUGUAUGUAAUUGACACUAGUGGAUCGAUGCAUGGAGCAAAGAUUGAACAGACCCGAGAAUCAAUGGUUGCCAUUCUGCAAGACCUUCACGAAGAGGACCACUUUGGUAUCCUCCUGUUUGAGCGUAAGAUUAGUUACUGGAAGGAUUAUCUUACCAAAGCAACAAAGAGAAAUGUUUCUGACGCCAUUGACUAUGUAAAGAAAAUACAGGACCGUGGAAGCACCAACAUCAACAGUGCUAUACUGGAUGCGGUUAGUUUGCUGAAGAAAGAAAGGAAAGAAAAGAAAGUUCCAGAGAGGAGUAUGGAUAUGAUUUUUCUACUGACUGACGGGAUGCCAAACAGUGGGGUGACCAGCCCCCAGCUAAUCCAGCAGAACGUGUUUUCUGCUAUUGGAGGAAGCAUGUCUCUGUUCUGUCUUGGAUUUGGAAAUGAUGUGGAUUACUCCUUCCUGGAUGUCAUGUGCAGGCAAAAUAAAGGAGUGGCCCGUAGAAUUUUUGACGGUUCAGAUGCUGCCAUUCAACUCAAGGGUUUCUAUGAGGAAGUGUCCAGCCCUCUGCUCUUGGAGGUGGAUCUGCGUUAUUCAGAGAAUACAGACUUCUUAACCAAAACCCACUACAGCCAGCUGUUCAACGGCUCAGAGAUCGUGGUCGCUGGUCAGCUGAAGGAAAAUGACAUGGACAACUUCUUGGUGGAAGUGUUUGCCCACGGGUCUGAAGAGAACUUUGUGGCACAGGGAAAGGCCAGUGUGACUGACUGGCAGACAGUGUACCCAGAAAAGGGGUACAUUUUUGGGGAUUUCAUUGAGCGUAUGUGGGCCUACCUCACCAUCCAGCAGCAGCUGGAGAACAGUGCCCUCAGUACUACAGAGGAGAGAGGAAAUAUAGAAGCCAAGGCUCUGAACCUGUCUCUGAAGUAUAACUUUGUCACCCCUCUCACAUCCUUGGUGGUCACCAAGCCUGAAAACGAGAAUGGAGCUAAUCGCUCUUUAAUUGCUGAUAAAAUGACUGAAAGCCAGCGACAGCAAGCAGAAAGACACAUGGCAGGUGCCCAUGCAUCGCCUGCUGUCGGCUCACCUGUAACUGAUGACUUACUUGCUGCAGUUGAUGGAGAUCCUCAUUUUAUGAUAGAGCUUCCAGAUAAAAACGACGCUCUGUGCUUCAACAUCAACGACAAACCAGGAACCAUUUUCAGUCUGGUCAGAGACCCCAAAUCAGGCUUUGUGGUGAAUGGCCAAAUAAUUAGCAAGAAGAAAGUUGCUCUGGAUGGUAACAUGAACACCUACUUUGGCCAUUUUGGUAUCACACAUCAGAAACUGGGGGUGAGACUGGAUGUGAGCGUUCAGGAAAUCUCUGUUUUCUACAGUGACAAGCAGGUCAAGCUGCUGUGGUCUGAUGCCACCUCACUCAGAGAUGCCAAUAUGGAGCUCAAGCUAGUUAAAAACUGCAGUCUGACAGUGACGCUGAGGCACUCAGUGAAAUUCAGGGUCAUCCGACACACAAAGGUUUGGAAGAGACGCCACGACCACCAGGACUACCUGGGUUUCUACACUCUGGACAGCCACCACUUGUCUGCUUCAGUUCAUGGUCUGCUAGGUCAGUUCUACCAUGGGGUUGUGUUUGAGCUGACAGACCUGCGUCCAGGUGAAGGCCAGGAGAAACUGGAUGCCACCAUGUACGUGAAGGGGCAAAGGCUGAAUGUGACAAGACACUGGCAAAAGGACUUCAACAAGGAUUUGAAGAAUGGAGAAAGCAUCGCCUGCUGGUUUGUUGACAACGAGGGAAGAGGCCUGAUCGAUGGAGCAGCCUCAGACUACACCGUGUCAGACCUUUUUACAGCUAUUUGAAAACGCAAAGUGCGAUCAGCGUUGCACUGGGAGCUGCAGGGUAGAUUUACAUGCUCUGGGUGGUGUGUGAUGAGAAAGCAUUGUAGUGAGUCACUGGGUGUUUUCUAUUUCACAAUGAUACACAUGCAAAAACUGAAAGCAAGUGCAUGUUUAUAUCAAGGCAAGCAUAUCACGCUACUGUAUAUUUUGAGUGUAUGUGUUUGUGUCCGUCUGGCAUUACAGAGUGUAAUCGAACUGAACCUCUCCUGCUAAAUAUUAUUUAGUCAAACAGCAUCAGUGAGAUAGUUUGCUUGACUCACACAAUGACAGUGUGAGAGUCAAGAUAGAUUUAAUGAUAACACAAAUAACAUGGCAGGUAAAGCUUUCUGAAUAGUCUGCAUAUAUGACAUACUGCAUUAAUUUCUCUAUGCUUUUUUGGAAUUAAAUAAAUAUUUUGCUUUUUAAAAAA